GGCUGGCGGGAUAUUGUUAGAGCAAGAGGUUCUUGGAAACUUUCUCCAGUGUGGAGUGGAGAGCAGGUUGGGACCAUUUGAACAGCCAAGGAUCGCAAAGGUACAAACAGCUCCCUCACCAAGAUGGCUCGCCAGGAGAACGUGUCUUCCCAAGUCCAAAGCUGCUCCAAGAAUGAUCCCACAGAGACCCCAAUCGUUAAAGGACCCAAUAUGGACUCUCUGGGAUUCCUGGCGAUGGACAGCAACGUCCCUGGCUUGUCACAGGUCAUCCUCCAAAAGCUCAACAUGAAGAGCUACGACGAAUACAGGUCUGCCAUGGAAGGCCACAAACUGAGCGUGGGCUUCGGCAUCCGGUCAUAUUUCGAGAUGUUCCAGAAAAUGGAGGACACGUUCAAAUUCUGCGUCGAGUGCAAGAAACUUCCCGAAGCGCUGCCCAAUCCCAAAAGCCUGCGGAGGUGCAAAAGGUGCCAAAAUGUAUACUAUUGCAGCACGGAGUGUCAGCGAGCCAACUGGCCCGUCCACAAGAAGUUCUGCAAGAAGCUGAAGCUGGUAGCUCUUGACCAGCUGAUGGAGUGGCUGGUGUUUACAGGUGACAUCCCUUUCGCCACGACAUCCUGGACAAAACGCAUCCAGGAAGUCAGAGGCUGGGAAGACUGGUUCUCCAUGCAAGAAAAUCUGGAAGAGAAGCUAAGCUCCAUACUGACUGGCCGUUACAUGAAUAUCCUCUGGGCCAACACCGGGAAGCCAAAACCGGAUGAGGCGGAACUGGCGGAGUCCGUCAAGCGGGUGACGACAGACUUUGUGUCUAGGCCAGCCACCAUCGGCCUGGGCCUGCAGGUGUUUCAGAUCAAUCCCUGCUCGCCAAGCCGAAUCCGUCGCGUGCAUGUGGUUUGGAGCACUCCUGCACAUAGAGACCCCUCAGCUCGUGGUAACAGGAUUACGACAUUUAAGGAGCUGUCCAACAUGUUUCCUAAACACCAGGGCAUGGAGGUGGUGAUGAUUGGUGUCGACGUGGUCGAUGGGCCCAUCAUGAGGCCUCCGUUGGUGGCUUUCGGGCCUAGGGAGAAGGUCUACCUCAGCAGCUACAAAGGCCUCUAUCAUGACUUCUGGGAAUCGCAGGUGGAGACCCACCAGGCUGCUCGGCCUGACCUUAUUGUCGGCUUCCACCCAGGUUUCCAUGCUUGCCCUGAUCUAAUGGAGAGCUGGCUUCCAACUCUGCUGCUCCUCAGAGACUACAAGAUACCCUCGCUGUUCACUGUUUACAGCGAGCAAGAGCUGAAAUGUUCCCUGAAGAUCUCAAUGGAGCUGGAAAUGCAAAUCACAAGCUGUGGAGCCAACCCGUUUGCCUCCCUCAAACCAGAGCAAGCCUAUUCCAACCCCAACAAACCGCCUGUCUUCUGCAACUCCCACUAUUUCACCUUCUGCGGGUUGUCUGGCUCUCCAGAUGAGCCAGAUGUUGGAGAGCUGGAAGAGAACAAGGGUGAGAACGAUUAGAAACCGGCAAAACCUCAGAAGCAGAGCAGAACAAAAUAGCCCGUCACCUCGAUUCUGGGUCACCUACAAUCGUGACACCCGCAGAAGACUCUUCAAAGCAGCUUUUUUAUUCCGCUUGCUUGUACUCAAUAUAGUUGACCUGGUUCUUGUUCACCGUUGAUGGAAUUACACUUGCCCAUUUCUUUAUGCUAAUAAACAUUGGGCUUAAUUAGGCAUCUAAUUGGAUGAGCUCUUCAGCGUUCAGUUCUUGGGCCAUUUCACAGGAAUGAUUGCAUGCAAUUUCCCCCCCUCCCUUAACCAAUGAAGUGCGGAACCACCUUCGCUUUCUUGGCAUCUCUUGUACUUUCUUAUAUCAAGUCAGGCCACCUCGGCCCAGCUCCAUCAACUC